AUGGCUGCAGACCCUCAGAAAAUUCACCCUAUCCAUGAUGUUGAGGCACCAAACCACCCUUCAGCACCCUUGGUGCCAAGAAGCAUGUCCAAAUCUGAUGCAGGUGAUCCAGAAAGAGUAGUGGUACAACAACAAGAACAACAACAUCCCCCACAACAAACCAUUCCUGUGAUGCAUUCCAGGCCACCCAAGAAAAGAAGAAGCUGCUGCUGCAGGUUUUUCUGUUGGUUAAUAAGCAUAUUGCUGAUUCUGAUUGUGGCCAUUGCCAUCACAGUUGGGAUACUAUACCUUGUGUUCAGACCAAAGGUUCCAAAGUACUCAGUAGAUGAGCUUAGAGUCACACAGUUUGAUGUCUCUGACAACAACAGUUUAUCAGCCACUUUCAACUUGACAAUCACUGCCAGAAACCCUAACAAGAAGAUUGGAAUAUACUAUAGAGGUGGCAGCCACAUAAGUGCUUGGUACGAGGACACAAAACUAUGUGAAGGGUCUUUGCCAAAAUUCUACCAAGGUCACCGCAACACCACAGUGCUUAGUAUCCCUCUCACUGGUCAAACACAGGAUGCUACUGGCCUGCAGAGUAGUAUUCAACAGCAGCUGCAAGAAACUGCGAAUGUACCCCUCAAUUUGAAGGUGAAGCAGCCUGUGAGAAUCAAGCUUGGGAAGUUGAAACUGUUCACUAUCAAGUUCAGGAUUAGGUGCAAGAUUGUGGUGGACAGCCUUAGUGCUAAUAGUUCUAUUAGAAUUCGGAGCAGUAGUUGUAAAUUCAGGUUUAGACUGUGA